UGGGAUCUUCCCGGACCAGGUCUCGAACCCGUGUCCCCUGCACUGGCAGGUGGAUUCUUAACCACUGCGCCACGAGGGAAGUCCUACCAAUGUUUUUUGAUUCAUGAUCUCAUUUUCUUUUCUGCAAGAAGCAGCUGGGCAUAAAGAGUGAUUUACUCAGAGUCUCAUAAUUAGUAAUGGAGCCGACUUGGGAUACACAUCCUCACUGGUGACCAGUUCUCUUUCUUCUGCGCUGGACUGCCUGUGACUUUAGAAUUCUAGUCUGGAUCUGUUACCCUGUAGGCCAGUUGUUGCCUUUGUGUUGUGCCCAAGUGGUAUAAUUACUUUUGGGAAGGUGCUGUUAUUCCGUUUUAUUUUACAGAAACUGGGGGUAAGAGGAAUUUUAUGGUUUUGUGAAUGUUUGUGACAGCUCUUUAGUAUUAAAGUCACUUUUCAACGUAGAGCGCCUUUCUCCUAGACCACAAAAGGAUUAGUUUUCGGACAAAACAAUCCAUUUCUGCAGUGGUUAUGGUUGGGGUAACCUAACACCCUAAUCACAUUCCCCUUGUGCGCCUGGCUACCUAUGCCACCUUGUAUGUGAAUGUUAACCCAAAAGACUCCUUUAGAUGUCGCUGAACUAGUUACUAUAAAAAGUAUUUCACUUUCAAACUCCCACAUUUCAAGAACAGAGAAAUUCAGCACAAAGGUAAUUCUGAGGUUUCCCUGGAACCUGGGCUCCCCGAGACGCAGCACUGGAGCAGAUGGAUAAUGGAGACUGGGGCUAUAUGAUGACUGACCCAGUCACGUUAAAUGUAGGUGGACACUUGUACACAACGUCUCUCACCACAUUGACGCGUUACCCGGAUUCCAUGCUUGGAGCUAUGUUUGGGGGGGACUUCCCCACAGCUCGAGACCCUCAAGGCAAUUACUUCAUUGAUCGAGAUGGACCUCUUUUCCGAUAUGUCCUCAACUUCUUGAGAACUUCAGAGUUGACCUUACCCCUGGAUUUUAAGGAAUUUGAUCUGCUUCGGAAAGAAGCAGAUUUUUAUCAGAUUGAGCCCUUGAUUCAGUGUCUCAAUGACCCCAAGCCUUUGUAUCCUAUGGAUACUUUUGAAGAAGUUGUGGAGUUAUCUAGUACUCGGAAGCUUUCUAAGUACUCCAAUCCAGUAGCUGUCAUCAUAACCCAAUUAACCAUCACCACCAAGGUCCAUUCCUUACUAGAAGGCAUAUCAAACUAUUUUACAAAGUGGAAUAAGCACAUGAUGGACACCAGAGAUUGCCAGGUUUCCUUUACUUUUGGACCCUGUGAUUAUCACCAGGAAGUUUCCCUCCGAGUCCACCUGAUGGAAUACAUUACAAAACAAGGUUUCACAAUCCGAAACACCCGAGUGCAUCACAUGAGUGAGCGGGCCAACGAGAACACAGUGGAGCACAACUGGACCUUCUGCAGGCUGGCCCGGAAGACAGAUGACUGACCUCCAGCACUGGGAGAAGUUCCUGGAAGUGGGCGCUCCAGGAGAUCCAAGAGGCUGAUUUUUUUUUUUUUUUU